AAUGCUGAAUAGACAAAUAAAAUCUAAGAAAGUUAAGAAUCUGAUUAAGAAAUUUGAUGCAGAAGAUGAAGAUGAACAUUAAGAGGAACAUGAAAGUUAACAAGAAGAGGUACAAUAAUAAACUAAAAAAUCAUUAAAAUAAUUGUUAUCUGGGGUUAUUAAGAGAGAUGUUAAAAGUGAUAAAGCUAUUAUGGCAGAUAAAUAGAAAAUAUUGAAUGAACUCACAAGUGAAAAAUAAAAACAAAAAGAAAUUGGAAUUAAGAAAAGCAUUAAAAAGUUAGAAAAAUUAAACAUACUAGGGCUGUUGUUGAAAAAGGACAUAUUGAUCCAAGAGUAUCAACCAAUAGAGAUUAAGAAAGAGAGUUGAAAGUUAUUGCAGCUAAAGGUUUGGUUAAAGUAUUCAAUGUACUUGCUGAAAUGAGAUAGAAAUAAAAUGAAUGAGUUU